AUGCGCUUCCAAUUAUCCGAAGUCCAUCAUGACGCGGACGAAUUCGAGGAAUUAGUUGCCUGCGAGGUAGCGAGCUUCGAGCAUCCCCAACAAUCAAUCUUUAGAUUUUUCUACCCUAUAUUUGGCCAUGAAUCUGAGGUGGAAAAGCAAACAGCCUUCCGAAACCUGGUCGAGCUGCAACGCCAGUGGUCUCGCGAUGACCCUGACAUAGUGUGGAUCAAGGCCAUUGACACACAGAAUAACAACAAAGUCGUCGGCGGUCUGCUGAUGAAGGUCCACAAGAAGAGCCCUCCUGCUCAAAAGGACGACGACGAGCAUCAGUCUGCCUUCUGGUAUCCUGCCGGUAGCCAACGGAAGUAUAUCGACGAGUGCCUGCGCAUAUUUACGGCACCGCAUGAGAAAUUCAUGCGGAGGCCGCAUGUCUACCUAUAUAUUGGCUUUGUCCUCCCGGAAUAUCGACAGCAAGGAGUUGCGGACAUGUUGCUCGCUGAUGCAUGUCGCCGGGCAGAUGAACUCGGAAUAGAAGCGUGGCUUGAAUCUGUGGUGGCUAUGGGUGUUCCGAUCUACAUGAGACACGGCUUUAUUCCCUUCCGUAAGCACGCGGUAGAGCCACAAGCUGAAAGACCAGAUGAUGAAUGGAAGGAUAUGGAGGAGAAAAUGCAACCGCUGCGGUUUUGGCCAAUGUGGCGACCUCCCCAUGGCAAGUUUGUCCCUGGGGAGACAAGCCCACCUUGGAAUGAAUUUAUGAGUGGCAUGUUGAGCAGGCUGUAG